UCCAAUCUCACAGUUUUCUUCCUCCCCAAGCACUAACUGUUGUCUAUUUUCUGUUCAACUUUCUGUCUUUCCCUAACAACAAAACCCCCCCAGCAGUCUCUCAUCUCUCUCGCUAGAAACCCGUCUUCAUUUCCGAUUUUGGCCCUUACUCUGACUCAUCGUCUCGCAGCCAUGUUGGUCUCUAGGGUUUUGUCGCGAGUGCCAAGGCGCGUCGUUCCGCGGAGUUCCCUGCUCCUCCUCUCGGUUCCCCAACAGCAAAAUUUGCCGAUCCUCUCCAACCAGUUCCACUCGCUUGUUCGUGAAUCCCCGAACGUGUUGGUUCCAAGUCAGGUGUCUUUCUUACAUCAUUCAGCACCCCACUCUUCCAUCUUCCAAAGAUUUGGAGUUUCUUCAUCUGCCUCCCCUGAGCCUACUGACAAGGAUCAAGGGAAUACUGUAGAGAAUAAUGGUGCUUCUACAAACGCAGAGCCCACAAAUAUGAGUGGAGAUGCUAACCUUUCCAAUCAAGCUAAAGAUUCAGGUUCUGGACAGAGCAAAGCUGCUGAUCAGAUGAACGAAUCAGGUCCUAUUUCGGAAUCCCAGUCUACUAUGUCUGAGUCUGUCAAAAGGAGGAGAAAAGGUACUAAACGAAUUGCAUUUUCUGAUUCAGAUUCGGAGAGCGAGGGUGAGCUUUCCAUGGAUGAUUUGGCUAAACUAGUGGUAGAGAAGGAAGAACUUCUGAAAUUGAAGCACAAAGAGAUUGAGAAGUUGCAAGAUAAGGUUGUCCGUAGCUAUGCAGAGCUCGAGAAUGUUGUGGACAGGACGAGACGCGAUGCAGAGAACUCAAAAAAAUUCGCCAUACAGAAUUUUGCGAAGAGUUUACUGGAUGUUGCAGACAACUUAGGAAGAGCUUCUUCAGUUGUCAAAGAAAGCUUUGCGAAAAUUGAUACAUCUAAAGACUCUUCUGGAGCAGUACCACUGUUAAAAACACUUUUGGAAGGUGUUGAAAUGACUGAGAAACAACUUGUGGAUGUGUUUAGGAAAUUUGGAGUCGAAAAAUUUGAUCCAACAAAUGAGCCGUUUGAUCCACAUAGACAUAAUGCAGUCUUCAAAAUACCAGAUAAUUCCAAGCCUGCAGACACUGUUGCUGUUGUUCUUAAGUCGGGAUACGUGCUUUAUGAUAGAGUUAUUCGGCCGGCAGAAGUGGGUGUAACAGAGUCUCCACCAGAUACGGCUGAGGAUUAGUGCAGUUGACAAGGGCUCUCAAGCUUGAAGAGAAUGACUCGGUGGAGUUUUUACCGCGUAUCGUCUAAAAAUUUUGACGCAUGUUUGAGUGAAGGAUUAAGUAUAAUGUUAUCUCUUUUUCUUUUUUCACUAAAUUAAACGACUCAAUAAAUUUUAUUUUAUUUUAUUUUGAAGCCUUUUUA